GACAUGACUAGUCCUUAACACGUGGUCAGGUGCAGACGACACGUAAGAGCGGACCAAUGGGAAAAGGUCUUUGAGUAUGCGGUCAGUGUGGGGGGAAGUGCGAUGGCUGCGAACGGUGUUCCAGUAGAGAGUGAAACCCAGACAAAAAAUGACUCUGAUUCUAAAAAUUGUCGAGAAUCUUCAAAAAGUAUCAUUUCGCCCACAAGCAUCAGCUUUCGAUGGCUGGACAUCCUAGAGAAGGAAUUCGACACGGCUUUUGUUGACCUUAGUGUUCUCAUCACUGAUUUGGAGAAUCAGUAUGAAGAACUGGAUAUAUGUGGGACAGCAAGAAAGAAAUUGGAGAUCUUGGCUUCUGCAUAUGCACAACUUGUCCACAAAACUCUUACCAUCUCUCAGCAUAAUGCCAAGCUAGAGUGUGUUCCUUUUGCACAAGUAGAAUAUCCAGAUGUCCACACCAUCCUUGAAGAAAAGUAUCUGGAGGAGACAUGUCAAGGAAGUGUGGUAGGGGGGGUCAUUCUUGAAGACCAAGAAGGGAUUAGUAGGGCAUUGAAAGACAUAAUUGAAGAUAUUGAUGCUGAUGCUGGUGGCAUGUACUCUUUGGUCCUGGAAAAAGUUAGCCCAGAAGUUCAAUGA